GUAGCUGACGCAAAGCGCGUGAGUACACAGACACGAGAGCCACGACCUCGACACUAAUGUCCGCGGAAUAAGGAUAUUGACGAUCGGCGGAAACAUCCCAAUCUACUUGAAAUAUUUAGAACAUAAAAAAAGCUAAAACAUCUCUUGGAAUGCAUUAUGAAAUGAGCGUCACAUGAGCCAAGUCACAUGAUAUGAUCUUGUGUCAUGUGAUUGAGGCUCUUUCAGGACUGUGAUUGGACCUUAUGUCAAUAAUGUUUUGCUUUCACAAAUAAAUUGGGUAGACUAUAUUUGUUUGUGUUGUUCGGAGAUGUUCAUCUGAUCAGGGCAUAUUCGCUAAGCGCUACUGAAGACGCGAGCCACGAUGAGGGGCUGGUACAUUUCAAUGGUGCUGUUGUGUAGCACAGUAGUCGCACAGGUGACCGUUCCUUCACUUCCAGACUUUGGGAAGGCAUACCAUGUCAAAGGUGUGAUAUCCCUACCCUAUGCUGAGAUAAAAGAACCGUUCGAGGCCUGGUUUGACAUUAAGGGGAGGACCAGUCGCAUUGACUAUUACCAUGGCCAGGUGUUGACCUACCAGUUGGGGGCGACACUUCCAUGGGGAUCAUCCUAUAAGAUUACUCCUGAGACUACAGAGGUGGAACUUAAUGUCAUGAAGUGCUUUGAGGUCAACGGAACAAAGGAAGAACCAAUCACACCCCAGGGGUCAAUACCUGACCUACAGGGAUUUAUGUACCUCAGGAUGGAGCACUAUGAAGGCACAUUGUGUGAGGUCUGGCAGAACGUAACGACCGUUGGCAACAAGAAGAACACGUAUACACUCUGGGUGACACGCCCAGAAGGCGGGGUUAUGGGAGGAGCUGAGCCGCCCAGGCCUGUGCAUUAUGAGAUGAUGGGCUACAACACCCUGCUGGGCUCCCAUUAUGACAAGUACCUGGUUGACUACAAGAUGUUCAGCUCAGAGUUUGACCCCAAGGUGUUCGCUCUUCCUGUAGGUAUGACCUGUGGUCCAUUUCCUGGUCCUGGGGCAGAGCACCACCUCCUUGCCAAUCCCAUGAGGGAUCUUAUUCACACGUCCUCAUUAGGCCACGCCCAGCGGCUGUUUGGCCACUUCAAAGAGCAGUUUGGGCGUCACUAUGGUGACGAGAGGGAGCACGAGAAGCGUGAGCACGCGUUUGUUCACAACCUCCGUUUUGUCCAUUCCAUGAACCGAGCUGGCUUGUCGUUCUCCCUGGCUGUCAACCCUCUGUCUGACCGGUCCAUGUCCGAGCUGUCUGCUAUGAGGGGCCGUAAACCACGAAAGACCCCCAACAACGGGCUGCCCUUCCCCAUGCACCUCUACGCUGGGGUCCAGGUCCCGGAUCAGCUGGACUGGAGGCUCUACGGUGCGGUGACUCCAGUCAAGGACCAGGCCAUCUGUGGCUCAUGCUGGAGCUUUGCCACCACUGGAACAGUAGAGGGUGCUCUUUUCAUGAAGACGGGGUCUCUCCAGGUCCUGUCCCAGCAGAUGCUAGUGGACUGUAGCUGGGGCUUUGGUAAUAACGGUUGUGAUGGAGGAGAAGAGUGGAGGGCCUACGAGUGGAUCAUGAAACACGGAGGCAUCGCCACAAUGGAGUCCUAUGGACCGUACCAGGGCAUGAAUGGCCUGUGCCACCUAAACUCGUCCCAGCUGACUGCGCGUGUCCAGAGCUACACCAAUGUAACGUCGGGUGACGCGGAAGCCCUCAAGUUGGCGCUGUUCAAGCAUGGCCCUGUGGCGGUCAGCAUUGACGCGGGCCACCGGUCCUUUGUGUUCUACAGCCACGGGGUCUACUAUGAACCCAAAUGUGGUAACGGCACGGAUUCCUUGGACCACGCUGUACUUGCAGUGGGCUAUGGGGUCAUGAAUGGGGAGUCCUACUGGUUGGUGAAGAACUCCUGGUCGACCUACUGGGGAAACGAUGGCUACAUACUGAUGUCUAUGAAGGACAACAACUGUGGAGUGACCACUGACGCUACGUUUGUUACGCUGGCUUAGAGACACACACACACACACGGGGAGACAGACUUGUUGUGCAAGUAGGGGGCAAAAUAUUGUAAUCUCAUUCAGACAGUGAGAUUAUUUUUUGAGAACUUCUUUGCUGUAUAACCCAGUGCCUUCUCCGUCCUAUAUAGUGAAACUGCUAUUUUUUUAUUUUUUUUUCUCCACACUCUGGCUCAUGCUCAUACAGUUUGAAUCAUGCUCCCACAGGGACAAAUUGGAAUAAAUUGAAUGUUUUUUUUUUGUA